AUGGAUUUUUUUCAUACCAUAGAAAUGGCGCUCCCUGUCCUUAGACAACUACUGACGUUUCUUACCUCACAAGAUGGAUCAGAAAGGGAAAACACUUUUGUCCACAGAGCACGUGCAUUUAUUGAUAAGGCCAUAUUCAUUUUGGAGCAAAUGGAGGAUCGAAAAAAGAAGCAAUGCAGUGCCACGCUUAAUUUUAUUUUGUCCACUGCUUGGCUAGUUGUGCAAAACUUGCAUUCAGGGGAGUUUUUCAGUGCUGUUCGACGUGUCAUGAGGGACAUUAAAGAUCUGUUUAAUGGCCAGAUACCAAACUACAUGACCAGUAGUUAUGAAGAACUUCGAAGACUCUUGGAUACCACGUCAGUAAAACUGGAAAACAUCCGGUCUACCUGUUGUGCCAUAAUAGAACAGGUGAGAUUCACCAUAACAGAGGGAGACACUAAGUUUGAUUUAUUAAUCGCGCACAAUCUGUAUAAGAAUAGGGUGCUUGUCUACACUAUCGCCCAGUGAGAGGGUGCUUGUUCAGUGGAGGGUGCAUCUUAGAGCGUGGGCGCUUUUUCGAGGAGUUACGGCUCUUGAAUAAACAUUUUUUGAGAGCACGGCUGGUUCUUUAUUAAACUGCAAUGAUUGCACAAUGUAGUAUUAGGUAACAUACUGUCUAAAGUAGAUUUCAUUCGUGUCUUACUUCACAGGUGAACGAUUCCGAUGAAUACACCUGGGCCAGCCUCAUAACUGUUCGCCGCUUGAAGGCGCUUCGUUUGAGAGCUUCUUUUGAGAUCAGAGACUGCGAACAAAGUCUUGAUAGGGCACAUGUGAUUAUAGAAUUGCUACAAAGCGAAGUCCAACAACAUGGAAUUGAACUUGGAUUGGGACUCGCACUUGGCACAUUAGUGACCUUGGGUGAGAAUAUUUUGAAAUGAGUCAGAAAAAGAAGUUUGCGCAGUUAUGACCAUCAUACGUUUAUUACUAGAAAAUUAAAUAGCCAGGAAUUUGUAGAGUUUUGAGGGAAGGUAAUGUUUACCGAAAGAACAAUUUCUCGCCCUUUUUUUAGUCGAGAGCCUGAUAUAAUCCAAAAGGUUUCAUGCAAAGUAGUCAGAACAGCUCAGUAGAAAAAAGGGAAACAAAACGAGCAAUUGGGGGAAUCGAAAGCAAAAGCUAGCAGACUGCUGAAGCGCGGGAAAACCCGAAUCACCAAGUCGAUAUUGGUUUAAACUUUGAAUCUGAUUCAGUUGAGAAAGUGACGCGAUAUUUCUGCACAAAUCACAGAACAAAGUUUAGCAAACCAAAAUUAUAGCGGAUUACUCUUGGCAGCCAAUAAAAAAUUGCUUUGUCAUUUGUAUUAAGGUAAUUACUAUUUUUCCAACACAUGUUAAUCUUCAUGCACAGGUUUGGGGUUUGGUGCUGUCCGGGCCAUUCAGCAAGGAGGAGGGCUGAGAGCAGGCCUCUUGGGAUGCGGUGGAGCGGCCACCGCAAUCUGCUAUGUCCUGGUUAUAAGGAGACUCUGUGACUACAGAACUGCUUGGGUAGAAGUCAGACGAAGGCGAAGUCAAUACCAACAAUUAGGCAUUCAGUUAGAUUGUCUUAGAGAAACAGUAGAAAGAGACUUGCAGGAAGGAGUUCAAUUGAUGAGUGUACACGUCUCUGAGAGAAUGAUAAUUAUAUUCUCUAUAAUUUUAGCAUAUCUUAUUUAUAUUUUUGUUUAUUUUACGCAUCAAGUAAUUGACCCGCAAAAGAUUGAACUAUAAUAUAUAACACAGAAGAAACGUUUAUGGUGUGUUUUCAAGAACCUUUCAAGGCUGCUAACAGCCACUUUGUUGUUGAUCUCUCUUUCAAACGAAGAAGAACAAUAUAUUUUAAACAUUUGCUCGUAUUUUGUGCUUGUAAUGACAAAAUAAUUACGCCAAACGUUUAAUCAGGAUAUAUUAUCUAUAGUUCACAAAAUUUUAAAGGUUAAGGAAUGUUGCUUUUGUUUUUAAACAUAUUGUGAAGGGUAUAAUAACAUAAUUAAAUACCAGUGCUCUAAAUUGAACUAGUGACUCUUAUUUAAAUAUGCAAGUUAUACUAAGUAUUUCACUCUGUUGAAAAUUUAUACAUCGCAGAGCCCUACUGAGAAGGUUUUAAUUAUUCAAAGUCAAAGUCAUGACACAGCCUUACACCUGCG